CCUGCCGCGGGACCAGAGACAGCGAGGGCGCUGGUGGUGACGCCAGAGAUGGCGGCCAGGCCGCGCUCGCUUGACAUACGGGAGCCGCAGAUCGUCGUGAAUUUCCCUCUGGAUGCUUUGCCGUGGCAUCAUCGGAUUCUUCUGCACGCCAUGGGCGACGGGCGCUGGAUGUGCUUGACGCCAGAUAUGGAGAUCACGCAGCACAACUUGAACGAGCUGCGCCACUAUGUCCUCGAUCGGAAUGCGCAGUUUCCUCGGUGGGUGCUGGCUGGGCUCUAUGCUUUCGACCCCAUCGACCACGGGGAGCUGCUUGAGCUGAAGCGCCAAGCCCGGCAGCGCGCGGCGCUGCUGGGGGCUGGCGACGCCGAGGAUGAGGCGGACCUCGCUUGGGUGCUCGCCGAGCCGCGGGACGCGAGGUUCGGCGAGGUGGUGCCUGCUGACGUGGUGGAGGACCCGAAUCGUUGUGCCCAUCUGCGAAGGAAGGGCAUCGUGAUGCUGGACGGGCAGGAGCGGAUGAUCGAGCUGAUCACCCGCGACGAGAGGGAUGACUGGAUGAAGGAGCGCAAGGAGAGCUGCGUCGACAUCCGCCUGAACGGCGACCAGCGGUCGAAGAUCGGCCGCAGGGACGUGGACUUCCGUGACGCCGUGGAGCAGAUGGAGGAGGUGGAGCUCGCCGACUACACCGACUUAGGGCCGCGCGCGAUGGGCGAGUUCGUCACGUCGGUGGCCGUCGGCAGCGGGAACCUCACGAGCUACCAGGCCGAGUGGGAGCGCAUGAGCGGGGUCUUCUCAGGGGGUGCCCAAUGCCACGAGCAUCGUUCGCUCCUGGAGAUUGCCCGCCGUGCGAUCUGCAUGGACCAGCUCAAUGUGAAGAACCUCCACUGCAUGGAGGCACUGGUCAGGCGGGUCAUCCAGAUCGAGAUGGCAGUACAGCGCAAUCCACGGCAUCCAGACUUUUCCGGUCUCGAGGAUGCCGUCGGCGGGCCCACAGGUGCAUCGGGCUCUGCCGCCGUCCCGAGAUACACAGAGUUUGUGGUGGCCCGCCAGAAGGACCGCGCCAAUAUAUUGAAGCAGAUGAGGGCUCUGCCGCGCCUGAAGACGGUGGGCGCCCUCGACGUGGAGCUGGAGGCCAGACCAAGACUGAAUGGUGGCCUCGCGGACAGUGGCUUCACAACGACCCUUUUCCCUUGCCGCAGGACUGAGAGGCAGCGGCGAGUAUCCGAAGCGGUUGACAUGCUCAACUACCUCGCCGCCUCACGUGUGAAUUCAGGAUGCGACAAAGCUCGACGAGUUAGGCCGUACGGGGGAGCUCCCACAGCAGUGCAGCGCAGCGUGCUGGAGUCAGUCCAGGAGCGGAUCGACUUCUACGGGAACCCCUCGAGCGAAGCGGUGGACGGCGAGAGAUCCCUCCGGGAGAUCCUCAGAUCCACUGACCAGUAUGAACUGGGGCCGCAGCAUUUGGCGAGCUACGACGUCUCGCGCCUUAGGGUGUGCAAAGGGGACAUCAACCCAGUUCCCGUGACGGACUUGCUACCUGCCGAGGCUGCAGGUUUUUUGAGACACUUCCAGAGCCAGAUCGAGCUCUCAGAACCCGAGAUCGCCGAGCGUGUCCGAGAGGCUGGGGGGAUGCCCGAGCCGUACUGGGACCCUCGGCUUCGCGGUGAUGCUGAGCUCCGUCGUGACUUUUUUCGCCGACUUGCCAAGAUCGGCAUCGUGGGUUUCAGGCGGGCCAUCAAGUCCCGCUGCGGCGCUUUUUUCGUUCAUAGGAAGGACGGCAACAUCAGGUUUAUCUGCGACGCGAGGGCGACGAACAUGUGCCAUCGUCUCCCUCCUCGGACGGUCUUGGGAGGUGCAGCCUGCCUUUCGGAGAUCGACCUCAGCAGCUACGCUACGGCUCUGGGAGGCUUUGGUGGCGUCUGCGAGCCACGCUUCUCGGGAGCCGACGUCAAGGAUUGUUUUUACCAGCUCGCCAACGAGGAGAUGGGCAGCUGGUUCGGGUUCGACUCCGCGCUGACCAUCGAGGACUGGGACAUGGGCAUCACGCGCGUGUGGGACGACGAGGUGGGAGACUGGACUCCUGCCCGAGCAGGCGAGCUCCUGUUCCCCUGCCUCCGUGUUUUACCGAUGGGUUGGGCCUGGGCGCUGUACUUCGCCCAGGAGGCUGUCACUCAGCAGGUUCGACGCUCUGCUGCUGAUGGAGAUCGGCAGCUCCUUCGAGACAAGCGUCCUGCGCCCCUCCUGCGCCCUGGGCGGCCUCUGGCCGCCGUGUACGUGGACAACUUCACGGGGGUGGGGGGCUCGGCCGUCGACGCCGAGCACGGGGUGCGGGCCUUCGAGGAGCGGGCUGCCGAGGCGGGGCUGGCCCUGCACGCCGCGGACGUGGCGGUGGAGGAGCUGGAGAGUUUGGGCCUGGUGCUGUGCGGGACCGACCGCCGCGUGCGCCAGAAGCCCAAGCGGGUCUGGCGCUUCUACUUCGCCACCAAGGCCCUGCUGAAGCGGGGCCACGCGACGGGGGCCGAGCUCCGCGUCUGGGCGGGGCGCGCCGUGGCCCUCUUGGGGCUGCAGCCCUGCUUGCUAUCCAUCCUGCAGGGCGUGUACCACUUCAUCGGCGACGGCAGUCGGCGGCGGGCAGCGUUUCCCGCGGCGGUCCGCGGGGAGCUCCGCAUGGCCGCCAUCGCCUGUUUCUUGACCGAGGUCGAUCUGAGUGCGCCCCUCGCCGACGAGGUCCACGUUUCGGAUUCGUCGUCCUCCGGUUUCUGCCUGAUGUACGGACAGAAGCCGCUUCGUGCUGUCUGGGAUGCAUAUCGCUGGCGAGAGCGUUGGCGAUUCGUGGAGGUGGAGGCCGACAGGAGUUCGGACGCCUACACGGCGGCGUACCUCAACCAGCUCCGGGGCGUCACCGACGGCUUCGGGGCCACGCUGGACGAGGGGGCCCAGGCGGUCAGCCGGCAGGAGGUGGAGUUGCUCAACGUCGUGCCCGCUCUGCCGACCGCCCUCACCAGCAGCCUCGGGUGGACUACCGCCGUCGAGGGUCGUUGGAAGUAUGACGAGCACAUCAACGUGAAGGAGG